UGCUCACAUGGAUCGGCUCGAGGUGAUCAGGCCACACCCCAGCAGAGCAGACACUAGCCGAACUCCCAUGCGGGAGGAACAAACAGAUUGUGUAACAGCUGCAAGACCCGCGGUCCCCUACAGCAACCCGUUGCUCGCUGCGGUCCGUUCCGUGCCAACCUUGAAAGCUCCACGAUGCCGGGGCGGCGGCACUCACAGCGGCCUCUAAGCGAGUCAGUGCCCGAGAAGUAGUCGAUGAUAUUCGGAUGAAGUUUGUGAACCAAAGCGGUUCCAUUUUUUUGCCCUACUCGUUGCAACAUUAUGGGAGGAAUGAAAGUCUCUUUGGCUGUUAAAAUGGGAUUGUUUUUGCACAACGUUGCCUCUGUCACCCCCACAGCUUCCACAACCGACAGGAGCCUACUUCUCUGUGAAGGUGUCAACAACCAGAGCUACAUAUGUGAGUCGGGUCACUGCUGUGGAGAAUCUCAGUGUUGCAGUUACUACUAUGAGCUUUGGUGGUUUUGGUUGGUCUGGGUUAUCAUCUUCAUGUUGAGCUGCUGCUGCGUGUGUCACCAUCGCCGCACCAAACACCGACUGCAGCAACAGCAGCGACAGCACGAGAUCAACCUCAUUGCUUAUCGUGAAGCACACAACUUUCCCUCAGUGCCCUUCUACUUCAGGUUUCUACCAAGCUAUCUGCUGCCAGAUUACGAAGAAGUCGUGAACCGUCCACCGACUCCUCCACCACCCUACAGUGCCUUACACACAGCAGCAUCCUCAGCAGUCUCACAGCCUCACCUCGAGCAGCAGGAUGGACACUGUCCAGACAUUCAACCGGCCACAGCACCCCCCGACUCGGACGGCCUGUGCAACAGGCCCAGUGUAGACGAGCCACAACCGACUGCUUUCGAUUUAAUGCCAAAUGCUGACAACAAGCCUGCACAAACAACGCAGGAUUCAGGCAUGUUACUUUUGUCAGAGGGGAUUAGUAGGGAGAGACUCAACCUUGAGGAUAAGACGAGCGACUGCAAGGAUGCUCUUUUGAAGGACCCGUCAGAUGACAAGGAUCGACUCCCAAAUGGUAGAAGGCGACGGUUUACAGGUGACUCUGGGAUUGAAGUGUGUGUGUGUGGCUCGCGUGGGAACAAUGGUUGUAGUGGAGCAGGUGGCCUGGAAGGUAAAGAGUUGCGGGAGCUGGAGAGCCUGCUGGGCCGUGAGGGAUAUGAGGAGGAGGAGGAGGCUGGAGACUUCUGUGAUAGUUGUGUUCACCGGUCUUCGUUCGGUGUGGAGGAAGAGCCGGCGCUCGGCGGGUCGGAAAGGCGAGCAGCACCAGGAUCCUCCCAGCCGGCGCACCAAACAGGCAACGCGUCACUGCACCCACCAGUCUGCCUCCUCCUCCACACCAUCAAUGAGCAGGAGGGUCCACACCACAGCACCAGCACUGAGCCACAAGGUUGAAACACACACCGUAGAUGGAUCACGGAAGCUUUUUUUGGGACACAAAUAAAGGGCUUCAAACCUCAAGAUUUUUCAAAUGAGUAUCGGUGCAAAUUAUUUGUGGGAUCCAGAAGUCAAAUUUCAAAACGCAGUGACUGAUGACAAAGCUCUGUUCUACACACUGGAAUGUGAAGUGGGCUUGACUAACAUCUGUGUGGACAGAAGACAGUUUGUGCACACGACGCACCUCGCACAGUUGCUAUCUUUGCAUCCUGUGAUACAUAUUGCAAAGACUGGACCACUGUGACUGGAAGAUGGCUGAUCUCACCCAGCAGGUGUUUGGAAAUUAGUUACUAAAAGACACGGUCAACAAGCCCUUCUCAUAUGUCUGUUGGAGCGAGCAAGCGUAUAUUGUAGAAACAUCUGACCUGGACCUGAAUGUGCUUUUUUUUUUUUUUUUUUUUAUCCAACGAUUCUGAAAGAAAAUAUUUUCUUGUGCUUGAUCUGAACCACUAGCGCAUUAACGAGUCUUUGUGUGAGCUGUUCCUACUUUGCACAAAUUUAUGUUUUUUAAAUGAAGCUUUUAAGUAAGACUAUCAUUUUGAUUUUCACAUUUCCGUCUUAAAUUGCAGCACAUAGCUUGUUUCUUUGGGGUUCAAGUACAACAGAUUCACUUGUUGGUUCAUGAAUUGCCUUUUGGAUAACUUCCUGAAUGUUAGCAGUUUGUGCCUACCCAGAGAGCUGAUAUGGGGAACAUCAGCUCCUCGCAGUCAUUUGAGCAGAUUAACACCUCCACCAGCAGUACAGUAUAAAGCACUGAUCUUUGCCGUAUUUAAAUUUACCAACCUACCAUACAUAGUCAUCUACAGUAAAAUGGUAUUAAUACGUUACUGUUUAAUUGUGUGUAGAGUUAAUUAUGACAACAAUCACAUAUACUGUAUGUGAUAAUUUGCACUAAACAAUGGGAAACAUUUGCCCAUGAUAUACGUUUGUGCAAUGUAACCACCUGAGGUAUGGAUUGUGUUGUGUUUAAAAGCUGCCCGCUACUCCCCAACACAGACACACAGUUUGGAAUUUUGCGGGGAGUUGAAAUGGUGCAGACAUGUUACUGGGUCUGUUAUAAAGCCAUUUCAUUAAUCCCUGAUCGUGGUAAUCCUCAAUACAACUGUAGUCGAAAUGGCAAAAUGACCCAUUUAUUAUAACAAUAUGCAACAACUGUAGACUGGAAUAGAGGCUCUCAACAAUAAAAUAUUUCGUGUAUAAGUACCUAAGGAGUUGUCUAUUACUGAAUAUCAGUUCACAAAACAUUCCUGUUAGGUGAAUGUGAACAGUUUUAAAUUAUGAAUGUUGACAGCGCUGCACUACAAAAAUGGCCACUUGUAAAAGAUCAAUUAAUUGAUCUCUAACCUGCUGGUAGAAUGUUGCACAUAUGCCCCCGUAAAAAGUAAAUAACCACAAUUUUAACAGCUAGAUGAAGGAGGUAGUCGGACAAAGGACUCUGAUUACACUUUGACUGUGAUCUAUCUAAAAAUGUACUUUGUUAUAGAAAUACAUUUUGUAGGCCUAUGUAACAUCCAGCAAAUUUUAUAAAGCACAAUGUUUUCAUCAGCCAACGCAGACGUUCAAUGAAAAGAUUAAAAAUAUUCCCCACACUAAAAAUAACUGAAGCACAAAUUCUUUUAAGAUGUCUUGUUGAAACUAAUCAAAAGUCGAUCAUAAAUACUAUCUGUGCAGUAUAAAUUGUGCAACUUGUGGUACAUGUAAGCGCAAGGAUGAGCUAUAGUUCACAUGAGCAAAAUCAUUGAGAGUACCGAUAUUUAUUUUUUAAAAAAUGUAUAGCAUUGGUAAACCACUCUAUUUUCAAAUCUACAAUCAUGUGGCAGAUUUUAGCCGGAAAAAAUUAGCUAUAUUUGUUUUUGCCUUCAUGUCCUUGUGUGUCAAAGUGAGACGUGUGCUGAAGUUUUGUGACGAGUACAUGAUGAUUGAACAUUCUUGUUCAACCCAAUCAGGUUAAAUCAUGCCAAAGACUCAUUCACUUCACUAUGUGGAUGUGCGCAUAUUCUUUGAAUGUUAAUAUGUCAACACCAACCAAGAUGGAUGUACUUUUAAUAAAGGUUUCAAUUUUAA